AUACCUAGCUUUAGUUCUAUAUUUUUUAUAUUAAUUAGAACGUUAGCCUUAACGUUAAGUAUAAAUAAAAGGGCCCCGGCGGGCUUAUUAAUAAGCUUAACGUUAAUUAUAAUAAAGAGGCCGUUAAAAAUAACGCUAUUUAGAACCUUAAUAAUAGGGCCUAGGCUAAUAAGACCCUUAGCCUCGGCUAGUAGCCUUAGGAGAUUCCUUAUAUACUUACUAGCUUUUAUUAACUAUAAGCUUACGUUAUAUAUAUUAAUACUAAGGACGACUUUAACACUACUUAGGACCGCUUAUUAA